CAUGAUUCGGUUUCAGAUUUGAAGUUUCUACAACACACUGUUUUUUUCAUGUUUUGAUUCAGGGCUUAUGACGAUGGUUGUUCCUGUGUUUGAUGGGACUCAUUAUGAGUGUUGGAGCGUAAAAAUGAAAACCUUUUUGAAGGCUAUCGAUCUAUGGGAUGUCGUGGAGAUAGGAAUAUUUCAACAAGAAGAAAUUUCAUCGGCAUAUCAAAAAUUUGAAGAAGGUUAUUCAUCAUCAUCAUCAUCAUCAUCCACUGCUUCAGCCUCGUGGAAACAAUGGAUGGAAAUGAAAGACACAACAGCGCUUCAUAUGAUCCAAAACGCAUUAACCUUUGAGAUUUUUCCGUGGAUAGCGUCUGCUACGUCAUCAAAGGAGGCAUGGGAGAUUUUGUCAGCGAAAUCACUAGGCGGUCCUAUGUAUCAAGCUAGAAAACUUCUUGAUCUCAAGAAAGAGUAUGAUGAUAUGAAAAUGAGCGACACGGAAACAGUUCAUGAAUUCACUGGGAAGCUAAUGGAACUUGUGUUUCGUAUGAGGUCUUGUGGAUGGGAGGUCGAAGAUAAAGAAGUGGUGAAAAAGAUUCUUUCCUCUUUGCCUUUAAGAUUUAAUGAAGCGUUGGUCGAAGAAGCGGAAACGCUUUCUAUUUGCGAUCUUAUUGAUUUCUUGCUGGUGCAUGAAUACAAUUCGGCUCAAGAAUCUGUAGAAGAAUCGGUCACUGGUGUGGAAAUUGGUCACGGUGACGAACGUGAAACGUCAAACUCUUCGGAAAAUGUCACUCAAAGCAAACGGAGCAUCAGAAAGGUUAAAGUCUCCCAAGUGCCAUUGACGGAAAGACUGAGAAAAGAGGAGUGGGAAGUAAAAGUUUUUCUUGUGAUUUCGUUUUUCGUUUUGAUCUUAUCUUGUUUUAUGACCGAAAGUUUUCAAUUAAGUGCAUGA